AUAUCCUUAUUAAAUUAUAUAUUUUUGAAGAAAAAUUUUAGAAUAUAUUAUAUUUAAGAUAAUAAAUACGUCAAAUUAUAUCAUAUAAUUAUAAUUGAAGGUGACAUUAAUAUGACGAUUUCCAUGAGAGGUGACGGAUAGUUAUUAUUAUUUUUAGGAUAUUCUCACUAUUCAUAAUUCCUGGAUACCUAUGUUAAAUUCGAGAUCUUGGUGGAAUCAGCAAAAUAAUCUAACUAAAUCAGCUUAUUCUUGGCUAUUUAUUACAAUCCUUGGAAUUGGAACAUUUAUCUUAGCAAAAAACGAUUUGAAUAAAAGAAAGAGAAAGCAUUUACUAAAAAAGAUUAAAGCUGAAGAUUAACCAUAAUUUUCAAAAUAUGGAAGAAAUGCAGAUUGAUAAACCAACAGAAGUAGAAAAGGUUUUGUCCCACCAAAGUUAUAUAAAAAAUUUGAUAAAUAAAAUUGAUGAUAAUGAUGUUUCACUAGCUUUAGAAGCUACCUGUUUAAUUAAAAAUAAAAUAAUUGGAAGUGAUAGAAAAAAAUCAGUUAUAUUGUAUCUAAAUAUAUUUCCUCAUCUAAUUAAAGUUUUAACGCAAAACGAUAAAAAUAGCAGGCCAGAUUUUGAGAGAUUAAAACUAGAAAUUUUAUAUAUUAUGACUAGCAUUGUAAAGAUAUCAAAAAAUUCACCAAAUUCAAAUUUAUCGCUCUUAUUUACAGAGGAAAUUCAAGGAUUCAUAUAUCAAGAUCUAUUAAGUUCAAAUUAUAAAAUAAUGGAGGGAUCUUUAUUUUGUCUGCACGCAUUAUCUAUUAAAGGAUUACUCAAUUAUAAGAAAUUAUUCCAAGUUAAUGUAAUGUCCAAGCUUCAUCAAAUUUUAACAACUCUUUCUACCUUUAAGAGCCUUGAAUAUAUAACUUAUAUAAUGGCCAAAUUACCUACCUUGAUCUUAAAGCAACAUCAAGAUGUUAUCAUUAACCAUCAUCUACUAGACUUUUUGUUAAAAAAUUUGGGUGAUUUAAAUGUCCCAGAAAAGAUCAAAAUAAAUGUCUUGGAGUUUUACGAAAAACUUACCAGAGAGCAAGUAUUGCCAUCCUCACUUUGGAAUUACAUAUUGAGAGACGAUGUUACAAAAAACAAUGCAACAAAAAUUACCAAAACCCAGAAACUUUUGAAUUUGUUUGAUACCUUGCAACACAGCGAUAAACCCUUAAUAGUUCAAUACCUGGCAGCUAAAUGCGUCCUAAAUAUAUUUAAAAAUUUGAUAACUUCUUUCGGUAAAUCGCACUCCCUUCACAUAUGUCAAUUCGAGCGACUCAUAUGCAACGCUGAUAUACAGACUCAACAUCAAGAACUAAACAUAGAUUCCUUGAUACUCAAAAGAACCUUGCCCACCUUUGUUAGAAUUAUCAAUGUUACCAGUCACAAUAAACUCAAGAUAAAUGAUAAUAAUCACAAUAGUAAUUACGAACUGCUAAUCGAAUCGAUUAAUACAUUGGCCGAACUAGUGGAUUUGCAUCCAGAUCUUCAAAUGACGGCAUGUUAUACAAAUCAACUUUUAAUAACAGUCAAUGAAUUAUUAAACUCUAAAAUCUGUGCUGACAUGGGCAUUCCACAUGAAACUACCAAAGGUAAAAUUUUGAGAUGCGGUCUUCUCAAACUGUGUUCCGUUUUGUGUAGCCAUCACGAAAAUGUGCGAAAAAAGUUAGUAGACUCUCCUUAUGAUCUCAUGGAAUAUGUCACCAAGGCAAUUAUGUUCAAUGAAAAUUGUGAUACAGAUAGCGAAAUGUUGAGGUAUUCUUCUAUCUUAUGCUUGCUCUCCUUCUCCCGUUCGAUACAGCUAUUGAGAACCAAUUUCCUGGACACUAAUAUUUGGAAAAGCUUGGUUGAUAUUGCUAAAUCGCUUUAUAAAGAAAUAGAUUCCAAACAAAACCUCACGUUAAAUCAAUUGAAUGACAUGAAAUUACAAAACUUGAGGGAGAGUCCUAUCUUGAUCAAAUUAAAUAUUCUGAACGCAUGCGUUAGUUUGAUAUGCAAUUUGUUGCUUGACUUCUCACCAGCUAAAGAAUAUCUGAUGACUCAAUCCGACAUAGUUGACAUCCUAUGUAUAAUCAUUAAAGAUCCAAAAUAUGAUGGACCAUUCAAGCAAAUCAUUAAGCUGAAUGCUAUAUGGGCUCUUAUGAACGCUUCCUUUAAAGCUGAAAAGUUUGUUAAAUUGGAUAUUUUAACCCGUCUCGACUUUAACUCGCACUUGCUUCCUGCAUUACGCAAGCUAACCGAUCCAGGUAUGAUUUGCCCCACUAACACCGCUAGAAAUGAGCAUUCAUCUUACCAAGAGAACGAUGACUAUGAGGAAAAUCAUGAAAGUAUUUUUGGAAUUAAAGUUUUGGGAUUGAUGCGAAACGUUUGUUCCGGAGGUAAAAGUCAUUUGACCGUCGUGUUGCCUAACAUAGGGGAGGCUUUGAUAAAUGAAUUAAGUUCUAUCAUCAGUUGCCCUUUUGCGUUGCCUUACAUCAAGGAACUAGCCAUAUGUGUGUUGAUAAACCUUUCCCAAGCUGGUGAAAUUUUGAACGAAGAAAAUAAUAGCUCCAACACAACCGAUACAUCUUCAUACCCCAUGGAAACUGUCUUGCCUGAUGAAAAUCGUGUCGGCAGUACGAAAAAUCUUGAAAAACUCGAAAACAAUUACGCGAGAAAUUUUUCAAUUUUCGAUGACGAGAAACCGAUUAAGGAUACGGAUACCCGAGAGGAAAAGGUGUGGUUGGGUGGAGCCACUUACUCCAUCUUACAUCCCAAUUAUUUGACUGAUCCGAAUGCCUUUGCAAACUCGAAUUUGAUUAUGAAAGAGCGGGCCAAUUAUUUAUCGCCUACCAUAAUUAUAAAAAAAUUUUUGGCAAGCAAAUUGAAAUACAACCUGGCCUUGCGCGAUGACAUUUUAAUAGCUUUGAUAGAUUGUGUCUUUGCUUCACCCGCUUACGAUGUAUAUAAUCAAACCGAUUUUGAAAAUAAUAUUUCCGCCAUCGACAAUAGCCAGAAAAUGGCAGAAGCAAAGGAUGCUAACGCUAAACCUUAUACGUCACCUCUGAAUUUAGAAGAUAAAGCCCCUGGGCCUCCUUGCGAUGACCCUAUGUCUUUGGAUAUUCCUUUCUCUAUGAAGGGAAGUCCGAAUCCAAACCUUAACGACACGAUAACAAUCGAAGAUUUAGGUGAGGAUGAGAGUAGUGCCGACAGUGAAGUUAAUAACAAUAACACAGGCAAUGCACAUACUGCAGAGGCUGACCUACCCCCAGCGGCUCUCAAAGGCGGCGUUUCUUAUACCGUCUCCAUACUUACAGAGAUUCAAAAUAAUCAGAACAAAGAGGGCAGAGGGAACGAUAACCAAAGCUUAAACCCUAACACAUCUACCACUAGCAACCAAAAACCACAAGAUCUUACAUUUCAAUCAUCCGUUGAUAAAAGCAAUGAAUUGACAUCAACCCCACUAAACCAUUUACAAAGAAGUGCCAUAAGAUGUUUGAAUGCUUUAUACGCGCCAAAGAAUAUAGCCAAAAUCGAAUCCGUUUGUGAAUAUGUUCCUUUCCCUCUAAAUAUGUUAACCAGGGAAUAUUACUAUAAUUCUAGUGGAACGUUUCAACAAAUUGCCGACGAAAGCUCAACAUCAUACAACAACAAUAGAGUCUCUAUCAAAUCCUUCUAUUGGCGGGUACUAUACAACGUUUUAAAAGGCCGACCCAUUUUUCAUACGAACGAUUUUAUUAUGGAUAAAAAUUUAUCGGACCAAAAUAAUUUAACCACCUCCAAAAUUAAAUUUAUAGCUCUCAAAAACUUUAUCAAGCUCCUCAAGAGGCAAACCAAUAUUAUCAUACCACCGCCUCCUAAUCAACCUACUUCAUCAUCCAAUUUAUCUCAUGAUAUCGAUAAUGACGCCAUUAAAUCAAAUCAGAUUCAGUGCCCUAAACAGUCUGAAAGAACCUCGAAAAUAUUUGAAGUGAGCACGGAUAUAUCUCUAAGAAACGAUAUUCUCAUCGACACGAAUCGCGAAAACGUUAAAAAUAUCAUACCCGCGUUCGUUUCAUGGCUCAAAGAUGAAAGCAAAGUUAAUAAAAAACGGGCAGGCACCAGGAAAGUAAAGGCUCAAGAUGAUACAAUCAACACCGUUAAUAUAAUUUAUAACAAAGAAGAAGAGGAAGAAAAAUAGAUUUUGAAUAAUGAUAUAUAAAUGGGAUAAAUUGGACAUUUCGACAAGGAGAAAAUGUUUUAUAAGAGAUAUAUUUUUUCGAUAUUAUUCAUUAAGAAAUGUGAAUUUUUAUUUUAGGUAUGCAAUAUUUAUCAGCUUCAACCUUAUUAUUAUUUUGUUUUAAAAUAUUAAUCUAUAAAACAUAGCUUUUAUAUUUAUUAUCGCCAAUUAUU